AUGUUUGAUGUGUACGCGAUCACGACCUUCCAUGGUGGUUGCACGUGUGCGCCGCUUUUCCCUUUCUUUCUUUCUUUCACACACACACACACACAAACUCUUUCUCUCGCUCGGUGCGUACGGCGGAGCUCCUCCUCCUUUUGCCUUCUUUAUCCUUUCCCCCAACUUCUCCUCCUCUCUUUAAUAUUUUUAUUAGUACUUCUCCAGGGAGGAUGUUCAACUGCUUACUCGUUAGCCGUUAUUCUUUGCAUGUUGCCGUUUUGCAAAGGUGUCGACAGAACCGUUCUGUUCUAUCGGCCAUUUUUCUACUGGGCACUCCAGCUGCGUCAAAGAAGGUUCCUUCUUCUCUUCAUUUGCUUCGUUGUUGAGGGACCACAUCUUUCUUUUGCUGUCCUUCUCCGUGAGAUAGACACAUGUAUACAUAUAUAUAUAUAUAUGAUCUGUCUCUUUCACGCUGUAAAAAAACAAGUGGGGCGAAGACGUAGACGGUCGGUUUUCGUAUUUGGACGUGUCCUCAACGCAUUUUUUUCUUUUUAUCUCGUCUCCCUUCUUCUCCCUUUUUUCUUUGUGUGUGUGUGUGUGUGUUUUGUUUUGUGA